UUCACCCCAGCAGCCAGCCUUUACGUAACAUUUACUUACGUAAACAUGUUUCAAUGUUUUCUAACUUAAUUCAAAAUUUACGAAAGCAUGGAAUUUAUUGUAAGUAUUUAUGGUUGCCUGUUUUUCAUUGGGUUUUUGGCAAAUGGUUUGCUAGGACUUAAAUUUGUGUGUGGACCGGGAGGCCAAACCACCAACCCAUUCCUCUAUGGACUAAUUAUCGCAGAUUUGUUCGUCUGCGGACUAAGUGGACCAGCCACACUAAUUGUCUUAGACGAUCAUCAUACCCUUUCCCAAAAUUGGCUGAUUUUUACCAAUUUCAUACAGUCAUGGCCUGUGUCAGCCAGUAAUAUAUCGAUGAUGGCCCUGUCUAUAAACCGAUAUCUGACAUUAAAGAACUUUAAGCCGACUAAUAAUGAAGCUAAAAGAAAGUUACUGACAACAGUCUUACUCGCUAUUAUAUGGGUAUCUGCGUUUGUUUUGGCAUGUAUCGAUUUGAUACAAGAAGAGGACCUGAGACCAGGAUUUCAGUUGUUGAAUGUGGUUGUGGGAUACGUGAUACCGAUAUGCGUGGUGCUAUCAUGCUACCUGUUGGUGUAUUUUAAGCUCACAACUUUGUCACUUAGAGCUAGAGCUAGUUGCGGAGAAGUACCUCUCCCGAUACCAAUGUUUAGACAACGGGAUAACUUUAUUAUCAUAUCAGGGUUGCCACAAGUAAAUAGAAGGCAUCUUAAGACUGAAGAACUUGUGCAGGUUGAAGAAGACAUAUCACUAAUGAGAAGGACCACGUUAAAGAAUAGAAAACGGCUAGCCAAUUCGAUGUUGUUUAUGGCUAUCGCCUUUCUUAUCAGCUGGUUUCCAUAUAUAAUCAGUCAAUUUUGUCUGCAAUUAAACAUAUCCCCCUACAUUAACCUGCAGUACUCCCUUUUGCUUGGCCAAUUCCCCUCGGUUUUCAACCCAAUUAUCUACUGGUCGUACAACCGCAAGUGGCCCAAGUUCUCUUUCAAGCUACCCAAUUUCACUUUGCAUAGAAGUGCUUCAUCCACGAAUGAAGCCAAUCUUGGACCGUUUAAUCCGAAGCUGGUCAGACCAAGGCGCAACUCUCUCGACGACAAACAGUUACGUCCGAAACCGUGCUAUCCAGCCGAUAGUGAACAAAUCCCUUCACCAACCGUUGAAGUUGCACCAAAACCAACCGAGCCCAGAUCGUUCAAUUCGCGAUCGCAAAAAAUGAAAACUGAUCGACUUAAACCUUUAACGGAUCGUCCACCAUUCGUUAAAUCAAGAUCUUCUGACUUGUUCUACUAA